GAGGAAACAGCAGCAGCUCUCGCAGAGCCCAAACUGUAAGAGGUCUCUUACAUUUAACCACAUAGAUCUCUACAACCUUUGAAAAUGGAUAAUGGGUGUCGUUGUGCAGCUAACCGCAACGUGCUUUCGAAUCCUAUCCUCUACAACAUCCUGAGCCAAAUGGAUAACAGCCCGCCAAGCCAAAACUGCUUCAACUACAAUUCCAUAACUCAUGGAUGCACCUGUGUGCUGCGACGGACAGUAUGCCUGAAAAGGCCAUCUGAGAUCUGCAAAGAAGCGUCAGCAGUUUUGGUUAAAACUGUCCAAUUCAUGAAGAACUUACCUGCGUUUAACCAGAUGCCACCACAUGACCAGUUUGCACUUCUCAAAAGCUGCUGGGCACCGCUCUUCAUCUUGGGUCUGGCCCAGGAGCAUGUGGACUUUGAGGUGAUGGACACGUGUGCUGACAGCAUGCUGAAAAAGAUUCUCCUAAACCGCCAGGAAAGCCCUAAGAUGGAGAGGGAGCAGCCCACCAUGGCCGGUGCCAGCAAACUCAAGUCCUGCCUCAAAAAGUUUUGGAGUUUGGAUUUAAGUCCAAAGGAAUAUGCAUACCUCAAAGGGACCACACUAUUUAAUCCAGAUGUCCCAGAUUUAAAGGCAGCUCUGUUUGUUGAAAGCUUGCAACAGGAGGCUCAGCAUGCCCUCAGCGAGGUGGUCCAGCUCCUUCACCGAGGGGACCAGGAGCGCUUUGCUCAAAUCCUCCUCACAGCCUCUAUGCUGCAGAGCAUCACACCCAGCCUCAUCACUGAACUCUUCUUCCGGCCCGUGAUAGGCCAGACGGAUCUGAUGGAGUUGUUGGUUGACAUGCUCUUCUGCAGAUAGUAGAGGCAAGGACGACUUCAUGUAACUCUCCUGGACAAAGUUGAAUCCAAUGUUUUCAACGGUGGUGAUUCAGACCUUUUCGUCGACCAACCCAAGCAAUGUGUCCUCAUGAGAUAAAGGAAUUCCCGACAGUGGACUGCUCUUGCGAUAGCCGUCAAAAAAAAGUGAACUGGUGAAUAUGAGACUAUGAGUAACUUAUAUUUACGCUGAAGCUCAGGUCACUUUAGCCUAGUCUGAAAAACUUUUAUCCGCUGUAGUGGAAAGAUUUGAAUAUCCACAUGAAGGCAGCCAGUACCCACUCUUGUAGGUAUCUUAUGUAGGAGAUCUUUUCUGUUUUCUUCAAUGUUGUAAAUAAGUCUGCAUUUACAGAACAUUUCAAAUAAAUAUAUUUUUGUACAUGAACG